ACAAAGCUUUCUAAUGAAGACAUCAGUCAAAUAACUUGUUUUUCUGUCCUUUUUAUGUACACUUCUCCCCUAGAGUGUUUUAGAUUUACCUUUUAUCAAUGAAAGUAGAGUCUACCAUGAUAUUAAUAGGGAUGAAACCUUAUAUCUCUUGAAAUAUUUGGGACAUGUAUUUCAACAUAUUGCAGCCUAAUACUGGCAAGGACAUGGCUGUUUAGCAACCAGAACCAAGCAUCAAAGCAGAGUGUAUUGUUAUAUUAUUAAUCAUGGGUAGAAUGUUAAUUAGAACCUCAGUAGAGUGAGAAUCAAUCCCGAUUCUGAAGAUAUACAGGUAUCUACUACCUACAUCAGUAUGUCUUCCAGGGGAUUGAGUGGACCAAUCUACACCGUCCAUCAGGUGCCGGAACAUUUCCAUGAACACUUUAUCAUCCGUGGCUACCGCCACCCCAACAGCACGGCAAAACAAUGCCUUCUCAGUGUAUUUGACGCCACCAACGAAACUUUGAACUUUUGGACACAUUUUCUACCGUCUUGUUACUUUCUGUGGGUGCUAAAGGGUUUGUCGGAGACCCUGGACUUUAAAAAUGAUCCGUACACAUGGCCGUUACUCGCAUACAUGUUUGGGGCUGUGAUAUUUCCCCUGGCCAGUGCCACUGCCCACACAUUCAACACCAUGUCGGAUGAGAUGCGACAUUUUUGUUUUUUUCUGGACUACGGUGCUCUGAGCGUUUUCUCACUAGGUGGUGUUAUUGCAUAUCGUGCUUACUCUUUUCCGUCGGCUUUCGUCGAUACAUGGUUCGGCCACAAUUUUGUGCGAAUUGCUACCAUAAAUUCCCUGGUUUCUAUCAUCUUCUCCUGUCAGACGAGGUUCAUGAAGCUGAGCUUUUUUCGAACGUUUAUACGACUCGGAUCUUUUGGCUUCCCGUAUCUGUACAAUUCCCUCCCAAUCAUGUACCGACUGAUGUUUUGUUCCCCGGAGGAAUGUGCUUUACCUUCCCAGUACCAGCAUGCCAGGCAGUUUAUUUUCGCUUUUAGUGCUGCAGUCCUUUUCGCGACACACUUUCCGGAGCGAUUUUAUCCUGCUAAAUUUGACAUUUUCGGCCACAGCCACCAGUUAUUCCAUGUGGCCUCCAUUCUAGGUACGAUGGACCAGAUGCAGGCCAUUCUCCAUGACAUGGUGGACCGCCGCGCUCUUCUACAGGACAGUUGGUGGUUCCCAUCGCUCAGCGACAGUGUCGGCGUCCUUGGUGCUGUUAUGGCCAUUAACGUGAUCACCAUUGGCCUGUUUUCUUUGAGAUUAAGAAAUUUUGUGAAAUCAACGAAAUCUUCGUGAUGGUCAUUCCAGCAUGAAUUGCUAAAUCUGUCAAAAAAAAUUGAUGUGAUCUACGUAUUUACGUAUAAAUCCAUUUGUCUAUCUCAGAUAUUCCUUUUUGUAUGAUGUUAAGUUUUUAUCUAAUAUUUGCAUUUUGUACAAAUUUAGAUUGUGAUAUAAUAUCUUAAAACCCUGUUAACGCUAGUCUUUUCAGACUUUAAAAGAAAUGUUGAUUUCUCUACUACAUAAACGUUCUACAAAGAACCAGGAUAAAUGAUUUGAUCAGCUUCCUUAUUCUGGAUCUCGUAAAAGAUCUACGUUAUACAUAUAUUGUUGAUAAUUUGAUGAAGAAAUAAUUGUUUUCCUUAACCCUUUCAACCCUAUGUAACUUUAGUAAACUCUACCAUGCAUUGAUCUGGAUGAGUCCAUUAUGGUCUACAGUGGUGAAAGGAUGCCUGUUCCAAUGCAAGCAAAACAUAAGAUAACUCCACAGUAUGUCUUCAUAUAAACUGUAACAUCCUCUUUAACUUCUUACAGCUAAAACUGUCAUAGGACCAUACCAUAUGGUAUGUUUGUUUUCAGAAAGAAUUCUUCAAAACUAAAGCUAUUUUCUAAAAAAAGUUUCGUUUUUUUCAUUAAUGGAACAGUGAUCCCCAAACAGAAAUAUAAGCCAUUGUUUGCAUAAAUUAAGAGUAAAUAUAAAUUAGCAUAUUCUCUACUCUAAUGUGUUAAAAAUAUUUAUCGAAAAAUAUUUGAUUUUAGUGAAUUAAUAGUUAUAAUAAUGACAAGAAGCAGGGUGAAAGAAAAUUUCUUCGCUAGAACAGCUGUAUUGAUAAUGAUCUUGAGAAGUUUCUCUGUUAUUUUUUUUAUUGUUUUCUGUUGUGUUAAGAAAAUAGACUUUAAAAAUCUGUUAUUAUAACUCCAUCGUGUAUAUUCCUCUUGAUUUUUUUUUUUUUAUGCAGAUUUCAUUAUUAGAUCAUGACAAAGCUACACGUUUUCCAUGACAAUACUCUCGUACAUAUCCAUGACAUUUGAAUUUAACUUCACUCUAUCAAAUAAUAAAUGCACUUACCCGGUAUCUGUAUAAGCUGCUCCCGCCCCACCCACACCCCAAACACAACUUUUAAAGAUGACCCCGUGAAAAUAUACCGGUGACCAUUGCUUACCUCACUAUCAUCGCAAGCAGUUCUUUUAACCAGGUACUCUGUACCAGUACAAGGUCAGAGUUAGACUCAGUUUCCAUCUGUUGCUGAUACAAAUGUAUUUGUAUAUAUUCCGUCUUUGCGUAUUGCAGUUAUCUUCUCUUGGGA